UGUUUUGUUUGAACGCUUACUCUCUUGAAAAGUCCUGGCAUGCAAAUAAGGUGCUUUAAUGUGGCUCUCAGCGAUUGGUGAGUAUUUACAAAUCCGUCAUUUCCUCUUAGUGCAGAAUGCAAACCAAGUGCCUGCUUUCUGCUUUUCUAUUGGCUGUCUCAUCCGGCUCCGCUUCUAGCCAAUCAAACUACUUCCCUUCACCCCUCCCGGUAGCUCUUAUAAAUUACAUCAAAUUGGUUAUCCUUUCCACAUCCUUCUCCUUGAAAAAGAAGGUGUAACUGCAUUUUUAGCCGUAAUGUCAGGACGCGGAAAGCAAGGAGGCAAAGCUCGCGCCAAGGCCAAGUCUCGCUCUUCCCGCGCCGGCCUCCAGUUCCCGGUGGGGCGAGUACACCGCCUGCUGCGCAAAGGCAACUACGCCGAGCGGGUGGGCGCCGGCGCGCCGGUGUACUUGGCGGCGGUGCUCGAAUAUCUGACCGCGGAGAUCUUGGAGCUGGCGGGCAAUGCGGCCCGAGACAACAAGAAGACGCGCAUCAUUCCUCGCCAUCUGCAACUUGCCGUAAGGAAUGACGAAGAGCUCAACAAGUUACUCGGGGGUGUCACCAUUGCCCAGGGCGGCGUCUUGCCCAACAUACAGGCCGUCCUGUUGCCUAAAAAAACAGAGAGUCACAAACCUGGCAAGAACAAGUAAUGAUCAGGACGCUUGACAGCAUACCCAAUACCCAUUCACCCCAAAGGCUCUUUUAAGAG